GUCUUUACUCAACCACAAAUUCAGCUGAUGAAUUUGAAUAUGGGAUAGAUUUUUCUAAAACACUUGUUCAAAGUAUUAAUGGUGAAUUCGAACUUCAUAAAACCAUCUCGUCCCCACCAUCUUCUGAUGGAGAAUUGCAACAACGACAACAUGAGGAAAAACCAAAAGAUGAAGCGGAAGAAAAUGAUCGUGAAAAUGAUAUUCAACCAAUUCCAUUACGCUACAUAAACGAUAAAGAACUUUUAUCUCCUAUUGUCGAUAUAGAUCCUAGAUCAACAGUUAAAAUCGCUAUAAUUAAACCAUCAUUGUCAAAAAUUAAAGAUUAUGAUAUCGACGAAAAAACAAAUCAUCUUAAAGAUACAUUAGAGUUACUUGAUAGUGAUGGUGGUGUUAAUACUCAAAGGAUUGUUAGUUACACGUUACCACAAGUUGGUGAAAGACUUCGAAUCAAAGUUAUGAUUAUCAUUAUGUUCCUGCAAACAAUCUCAUCUCUCGUUGUUUUAUUAUGGAAAUAUUCAAGUCUUUACUCAACCACAAAUUCAGCUGAUGAAUUUGAAUAUGGGAUAGAUUUUUCUAAAACACUUGUUCAAAGUAUUAAUGGUGAAUUCGAACUUCAUAAAACCAUCUCGUCCCCACCAUCUUCUGAUGGAGAAUUGCAACAACGACAACAUGAGGAAAAACCAAAAGAUGAAGCGGAAGAAAAUGAUCGUGAAAAUGAUAUUCAACCAAUUCCAUUACGCUACAUAAACGAUAAAGAACUUUUAUCUCCUAUUGUCGAUAUAGAUCCUAGAUCAACAGUUAAAAUCGCUAUAAUUAAACCAUCAUUGUCAAAAAUUAAAGAUUAUGAUAUCGACGAAAAAACAAAUCAUCUUAAAGAUACAUUAGAGUCAACUUUACAAUUGGAAUAUGUCAUACCAUCAACUCCAAUUAAUCAAAUCAAUCAGUUUAGCCAAUUUAAACAGCCAAUGGUAUCGUUACAUAAUCAUACAACCAUUCCUUCUUCUUCACUAAUAUUACCUACCCCUGGGACCACUCCAACUCUUCCUACUCCUAUUGCUUCUCCAAUACUACCCCCAUCUUCUUCAUACAUUGAUGACAAUUAUUUUAACGAAUUCAUCAAUAUUGAUAAUAAUACAACCAUCACCUCUAACAAUAACAACGAGGAAAAUUUACCAUGUGUUUGUGAUUCACCUUCAACCGUUCAUAGUAGUAGUGAAAAUGGUGAUUUGGAGGAAAUUGAUCCGGAUUUAUUUACUUUUUUAAUUUAG